CCCGGUUGUAUUUGGCAUUAAACCCUACUAGAUUUUGAACAUUAGUCCAUACUUUUUUGAAUAAGAUACUACGGAGUACAAUAUACGGAGUAAUUAUUUUUGAUAAAAGUUCAGAACAAAUCGCCAAAUCAAACUUAAAAAAUGGGGAGACAAUCUUUCAUAUUUGCAAGUUCUCUUACAUUUCUAGUCUGCUUUUCCAGUUCCACGGACACCAUAACCUUCAACCAAACACUAAAAGAUGGAGAUUUCCUAUUAUCCAAUUCAAAAUCUUUUGCUCUGGGUUUUUUUACCCCACAAAAUUCCAUCGGCAAGCGAUAUCUGGGAAUCUGGUUCCAACAGAUCCCAGUCCAAACCGUUGUUUGGGUCGCUAACAGAGACACCCCUGUCAACGGCCCAUCCGGAAUCCUUCUUUUCGACGCAGCCGGAAAUCUCGUCGUCCGGGACCAGAAAUCCAACGUUUCCGUCUGGAGCACGAACCUCAAUGGCUCAAAACCAGAUUCCCGGUAUUCCUCUGCUCAAUUACUAGAUUCAGGGAAUCUCGUUUUGCACCCUGAUGUAAGGGGUCUUCCAACGUGGCAGAGCUUCGAUUAUCCGACAAACACAUUGCUUCCUUCCAUGAAACUCUGGGUGGACAAGAAAUCCGGCGGCGGCCCCCGAUUUCUUUCGUCAUGGAAGUCAUCGGACGACCCGUCAACGGGUCAGUAUACUUUCGGGAUGGAGCUGACGGGCUCGCCGCAGGUAUUCCUCUACCGGAGUUGGGCCCGGAUUUGGAGAACCGGGCCGUGGAACGGAGUUGAGCUCAGCGGCGCGCCGGAGGUGUCCCAAACUCACGGCAUCAUCAAUCUCAACUACACCGACACCGUUGACGAGGUCAGCCUGACGUAUUCUCUCCGGGACGUGUCUGUACAUUCAAUAUUGGUGUUGAAUGAAUCUGGGACAGUGAAUAGGCUGGUAUGGCAGGGAAAGGAUAAGGGAUGGGUGGGUGUUUGGUCGGCGCCGGAAGACAAGUGCGACGUAUACGGCGGCUGCGGCGCUUUCAGCACUUGCAAUUUGGCGUCGCUUGACUGCUCGUGUCUUACCGGAUAUGAGCCCAAGUCAACUCAAGAAGGGUCCUCCUCAGGGGGGUGUGUCAGAGGGAGCCAAACAGAUACAUCGUUAUGCCAUAGUGGUGAGGGGUUCAUCAAGUUGACAAAAGUGAAGAUCCCGGACGCUAAAAUGGCCGUAGUAAACAGGACAAUAGGGCUAAAAGAAUGUCAAGAAGUUUGUUUGAGCAACUGUUCCUGCAUGGGAUAUGCCAGUUCAAAUAUUACCUCUGGUGGAAUGGGGUGCAUCACUUGGUAUGGUGACUUGAUAGAUAUGAGAGAGCUAGCCAAUGGUGGCCAAGAUAUGUAUAUUCGAGCCUCUGCUGCUGAUUUAAAAAAACUUGAGAUGAAAUCAAGAGGCCAUCAUGGGGCAAAGGUUAUCAUCAAAGUCAGUUUGGCUGUUGUGGCUGGAGCAGUGAUUCUUCUACUCUCUUGUUUGAUUAUGAAAAUUAGAAAAGGUAAGAGACAAAGAAGAAAUACUAAAGAUCUGAUAGAUAGCAACUUACAAUCCUACGAUGAGUCUCUAAUGGGGGACCACGUAGACGAAACUGGAUCAGCAGAUGUGUCCCUCUAUGCUUUAAAAACCUUGCAAACUGCCACUGAUAACUUCUCUGAUGAAAAUAAACUUGGCCAAGGCGGUUUUGGUGCUGUUUAUAAGGGCAAAUUGCCAAAUGGACAAGUAGUAGCAGUCAAAAGGCUCUCAAGAACUUCAGGGCAAGGAACAGAAGAAUUUAAGAAUGAAGUGACACUAAUUGCAAAACUCCAACAUAGAAAUCUUGUGAAGCUAUUAGGAUGUUGCAUUCAACAAGGAGAGAAAAUGCUGGUGUAUGAACACUUGCCUAACAAAGGCCUAGACGGCUUCAUCUUCGAUAGUAAAGAGAGGGAGUCCCUAGAUUGGGCCAAGCGCUUUGAGAUCAUCUUGGGAAUAGCUCGAGGAUUACUAUAUCUUCACCGAGAUUCUAGAUUAAGAAUCAUUCAUAGAGAUUUAAAAGCAAGCAAUGUAUUGUUGGAUGCCUCCAUGAAUCCGAAAAUAUCAGACUUCGGAAUGGCUAGAAUAUUUGGAACGGGCCAAAAUCAAGCAAAUACAAAUCGUGUAGUUGGGACAUAUGGUUAUAUGUCACCUGAAUAUGCAAUGGAAGGACAGUUUUCAGUGAAGUCCGACGUUUUUAGCUUUGGUGUUCUGUUAUUAGAGAUUGUGUGUGGAAGGAAGAACAAAAAUCCUUACAAGGAAAACUCCCUCAAUCUAAUAGGAGAUAUGUGGGAUUUGUGGAGAGAAGGAACAGCACUGGAUUUGGUUGAUCCAUUGCUAGGGAAGUCAUAUGAUGGCGGACAAGUUUUGAGGUGCAUCCAUGUUGGGCUGUUGUGCGUCCAGGCAAUGCAAAAUGACAGACCAACCAUGUCAGAAGUGGUUUUCAUGCUAUGCAAUGAAACUAAGCUUCCACCACCUAAUCGACCAGGAUUCAUAUUGUUAAGGAAAGAGACUUGUCUUCCAUCAUCCUCAAUAAGUACUACUAAAAGUAAUUCUGUUAACAGCCUAUCAAUGACUAAAAUCGAAGGGCGUUAACUUUCUCUUUAGAGUGUUAACUGCUUCUAUUCUUAGGUUAGGCUGUGAGUUUGUGUGAUUGGGGAGUGUUGGAUAAAAUGGCAAGUUUUAUGUGUAAAGAGGUAACUUAAUUUCCCUUUUUGUAAACUAGUUUAAAAUGUGAUUUGCUGGCUUUGCUUAUUUUGGUUUGGUUUAGACAAUAGAUUAGAUAAUCAUGAGUUUAUACAAGUUAUCAUGUUCUUUUGUAAUUGUAUAUUCGCCCCCCUACACGGGUACACUAAUAUCAUUUUGAAAUAUAUACCAUACACAUGUCUGAUGUGUAUUUAGCACCA